AUGCUCCUCACCCAACAGCUCUUCGUCGCCGCGGUACUGGCAGCCACUCGGGCAGAUGGAGCCGUCCUCGAAGCCCGAGCUACCAACACCAAUCUGCAGACUGUGUUCCCGGCUUCCACGGGUACCUCUGCUCUGGCGGCUGCAAAGACCAUCGCGGCUGGCGCGACCUUUGACGGUGGGAUGAAGAAGUUUGAUCGAAGCGUAUCAACCUGCAACAGCCAAGCCGAAGGCGGCGACGCCGACGCCGUCUUCGUGCUGCUCGCCGGCUCCGUCCUCUCGAACGUCAUCAUCGGCCCGAACAACGGCGAAGGCGUCCACUGCCUGGGCGCCUGCACGCUGAACAACGUCUGGUGGGUCGACGUCUGCGAGGACGCAGCGACCUUCAAGGCGAGCGCGGGCACCUCGUACAUCAACGGCGGCGGCGCGCGGUCGGCAUCGGACAAGGUCCUGCAGCACAACGGCGGCGGCACGCUCGCGGUCAAGAACUUCUACGCCGACACCUUCGGCAAGCUGUACCGCUCGUGCGGCAACUGCGACACGCAGUACAAGCGCACGUCGACCUUCACGAACGUGCACCUGUCGGGCGGGGGCGCCGUCGCCGGCAUCAACACCAACUACGGCGACAAGGUCACCAUCACCAACUCGUGCGUGCUCGACACCGACCUGUGCUACAAGUACACCGGGAACAGCGUCGGGGACGAGCCGCCGCAGACGGGGAGUGGUGCCGAUGGCACUUAUUGUAUUGUGAGUGGAGUUACGACCAGUGGGUGCUAA